AUGAAUGGUCUUAACGCAGCUCACGCAGACGAAAAACCAGCGCGAUCGUAUUAUCUCAAAACGAUGUCCCUAAAUCCACGAGCACCCGUUUUCAUACCUCCUCCACGACCAUUACCCCCAGUACCAAGUUCCUUAGCUGCGAUCAACGCUGCCGGAUACGCAUUUGUUGCUGCUUAUCCUAACCAUCCGCUCGCAGGUUUCGCUACUGUAGAAGUUCAAAUGGCAGGGAACGAACGAGCACUUCUCCUGUACCAAAAGGAGAAAUUGAAAGAAAAGAUGAUUGUGUUACAUUUGGAAAUGCUUUUGCUGGGCACUGCGGAGGAAAAGAGGGCACUGAAGUGCAAAGGAUGCUUGAAGUGUAAAAGAUGCUUGAAGGAGCAAGAACUGUCGGUUGUGCUUGAAUAUAAAACAAUAUGCGCAAAGUUGGGCCAGCGACCUGAAGUUAGUCGUUGGUUUUUUUGA